AGCUCUCUCUGUUCGUGUUCGUCGAUGACUACACAUCAGUAUUAAUUUUCUUGAAUCUCGUUCUUGUUCCUAUUUACAGUCAUCUUGUCCAAAACCACGUUUUUCUUUGAGUUGUAUUUUAUCUGCCGUCUGAUUGGUCAUUUCCCGGUAACAUUUGUGAAUAUCGUGAUUUUUCAUCAUCAUUUUAUAUUGUGCUAUGGCGGAACUUGUGAGUUCUUCUGCAACAACUGUCGUCCCCGGCAUAUCUCGUGUGUCACAUUUGUACGCUUUAAAAUUCUUAAACUAUUGGAAGUUUCUGGUAACUUUAUUUUGGAUAUCUGUGAUAUUAAACUUGGAUCCUGAUCCUGUCAUGCUGUACAGGACUAAAACCGAAAUCGAUCACGAUUUGAGUAAUCGAAAGGCAACAGUUGUGUCUACCAUUGCAAAAAAUCUUAAAUCAAUUAUAAUGAUAAUCCAAGCUUUCAAAUCGCUUGAAAUAUUAGAAUUGUUUAAUGAUUUGAAAGCUAUCGAAAAACGACUGAAUAUUAAAGAUCCGACGAUAAACAAUUCGUUGCUAAACACAAGUGUUCAACGAUAUUAGAAAUGUUUUGCACGCGUCUAUGUAUAGUUUUGUACACAACACAUAACACAGUUGUUUGUUGAUUUAUUUUGCAUUUUUAAUUUUGUUUAUUGCACUUGCAAUGGAUCAAUUAUACAUUUAUAAGUGUUGUUGUUUGCUCCAGAACCGCUUCUGCGAUUAUGGUGGUCGGUAGCUCUGACUUGCGUAGUAAAGAACCAGGUCAUAGUUAUCACAGGUCGAAUUAUAUAAAUAAAAAAAAAGGUAAAUAAAAAAAAAAAGAGAUAAAUAAUAAGGUGCCCAAGUUUAAGGUGUGCAGUAAUAAUAUGAUAAACUAUCAAACACUUAAUACACUAUACAUAAUUAUAAUAACAACAUACACAAAGAUACGAUAUAAUAUAAAAAAAAAAAAAAAAAAAAUUAAAGGAUAUCACCAGACACCGAAUGACCCACUUGACAAUCCACGGAUGAUGGGAACACUCUGUCUACACCACGAUAAAGGUACAGAAGAAAUAUGACCGACAACCGGUGAAAAUCUUCGAACGACGGCAGCGUGUCAAUUACACACGCGCACAGAUAAUGGCGCACUUUGCCCGGCAUUGGCGGUGAUCGCGACGCACUUUACACGCAAAAUACAACCACGGCGACGUACACAAUAACAAUAAAAAAUAAUAAGUACGCAAUUUCCGGACGUCAUGGCAAUAGCAAGGCCACUGACGUACCACCGAAUAACGCGACGCAACGGAAACGCGUAUAUAUGUCCACAAAACGUUUUACGACUAACACGCGUAAAUAGGUCCGCAAGACGUUACGAAACGAACACGCGUAUGUCUGUUUUUCCACGAUCAUUCGUGCACAGAACCCGUGACUGUGGCGAAAAAUACGGCCGAAUAUGAAUAACAGCAACCAAAACGGUCGUUGCGUUGCACACCACGAACACAGACGUGCGUCACGGACGAAUGAUUUCGCUCUGUGUGAUUCCGCUUGGCGACCAAUGCGAAAAGAUUACGCGGAGGUGUAGUGUAUUGCGUUUAGUGCACGUAAAAGACAAAGACAGAACUGCAAAGGCCGAGUCGCAGACCGAUCAUCUAGACUGCCCCGGGAUGUAGGGGGA